CAUUCCUGGCGCAGGGAGCCAGUGCACCCGACCCCUGGGCUCCUGCCUGCCCUACGAGCUGCUUCCACAGACAGGACCCUUCCCUGCCGGUGGGGCCCGACCCUACCACCUGCACCCCUUUCCCCGAGGGCUGGAAUUGGACUGCACAGAAUCCAGGUGAGCGGCUGGGACAGUGCUGGUUUGAGCUGGACCUUGUCUGAUGGCUUCCUCCACCCCUCCUCCACAGGCUGCCAUAGGAGAUCAGCUGGUUCUGGGAGGCCCCGGCCCCUCCCCCGAGGCGGAGGACGACCCUGGAGAGGCUUUUGAGUUUGAGGACAGUGAUGAUGACAAGGACACCAGCGCUGGCCUGGGUGUCCCAGGCGUGGCUUCAGAGAAGGACAUCGAUGACGCCCCACUGAUCCACUUGGACUCCGCCCCCAUCACUGACCCAGACUCAGCAGCCUCCCCACCCCAGACACAGGUGCCACCAGUGGUGAGCAACGGGGAUGCGGUGGAUGCUGCUCUCUCCGGGGUCCGGCACUCCAGCUGGAAACGGAAGAGCUCCCGCCGGGUCGACCGGUUCACUUUCCCCGCCCUGGAAGAAGAUGUGAUUUACGACGACGUGCCGUGCGAGAACCUGGAUGCCCAUCAACCCGGGGUGGAGAGGAACCUGCUCUACGAGGAUGUGCACCAGGACGGAGGGCCCAGGGAGGCGGAGGACCUAGGCUGGAGCUCCAGUGAGUUCGAGAGCUACAGUGAGGACUCGGGGGAGGAGAUCAAGCCAGAGGCAGAGCCUGCCAAGCACCGAGUGUCCUUCCAGCCCAAGCUUUCUCCAGACCUGACUAGGCUAAAGGAGAGAUGCGCCAGGACUAAGAGAGACAUCUUGGCUUUAAGAGCUGGGGGGAGAGACAUGCAGGCGCUGAAGCACAAGUACGACUGUAAGAUGACCCAGCUCAUGAAGGCUGCCAAGAGCGGGACUAAGGACGGGCUGGAGAAGACAAGGAUCGCCGUCAUGCGCAAAGUGUCCUUUCUGCACAGGAAAGAUGUUCUCGAUAAGGUGUAUUUCGGCCCCCCGCGCCUCUUCCAGGAGCUGCAGGACCUGCAGAAAGAUCUGGCUGUGGUCGAGCAGAUAACCUUCCUCAUCAGCACGCUGCACGGCACCUACCAGAACCUAAACAUGACCGUGGCUCAAGACUGGUGCCUGGCCCUGCAGAGGCUAAUGCGGGUAAAGGAGGAGGAGAUCCACUCAGCCAACAAGUGUCGUCUCAGGCUCCUGCUUCCUGGAAAACCUGACAAGUCCGGCCGCCCCAUCAGCUUCAUGGUGGUCUUCAUCACUCCCAACCCCCUGAGCAAGAUCUCCUGGGUCAACCGGUUGCACUUGGCCAAGAUCGGACUCCGGGAGGAGAACCAGCCGGGUUGGCUGUGUCCGGAUGAGGACAAGAAGAGCAAAGCCCCAUUCUGGUGCCCCAUCCUGGCCUGCUGCAUCCCUGCCUUCUCUUCCCGGGGCCUCAGCCUGCAGCUUGGGGCCCUGGUCCACAGUCCUGUCAGCUGUCCCCUGCUGGGCUUCUCAGCGGUCAGCACGUCCCUUCCACAGGGCUACCUUUGGGUCGGGGGCGGGCAGGAAGGUGCAGGGGGCCAGGUUGAGAUCUUCUCCUUGAACCGGCCCUCGCCCCGCACGGUCAAGUCCUUCCCGUUGGCGGCCCCUGUGCUCUGCAUGGAGUACAUUCCCGAGCCAGAGGAGGGGGAGAGUGGAGACGAGAGCCAUGUGACCACUAACCCCUCAGCUGCAGUGCAUCCGACCAUCUGCCUUGGGCUCCAGGAUGGCAGCAUCCUGGUUUACGGCAGCGUGGACACGGGUACCCAGUGCCUGGCCGCCUGCAGGAGCCCCGGCCCACAGCCUGUGCUCUGCGUGAGCCACAGCACCUUCCACCUGCUUGCCGGUCUGCAGGACGGGACCCUCGCCGCCUACCCCCGGACCAGUGGAGGUGUCCCCUGGGACCUGGAGAGCCCUCCCGUGUGCCUGACUGUGGGGCCAGGACCCGUCCGCACCCUGCUGAGCCUGGAGGACACCUUGUGGGCCAGCUGUGGGCCUCGGGUCACUGUGGUGGAUGCCACUAGCUUGCAGACUCAGCAAAGCUUCGAGGCGCACCAGGAUGAGACCGUGAGCGUGACGCACAUGGUGAAGGCCGGCAGCGGCGUCUGGAUGGCCUUCUCGUCCGGCUCCUCCAUCCGCCUCUUCCACACCGAGACGCUGGAGCACCUGCAGGAGAUCAACAUUGCCACCAGGACCACCUUCCUCCUGCCGGGCCAGAAGCACCUGUGUGUCACCAGCCUCCUGAUCUGCCAGGGUCUGCUCUGGGUGGGCACCGACCAGGGGGUCAUUGUCCUGUUGCCUGUGCCUCGGCUGGAAGGCAUCCCCAAGAUCACAGGGAAAGGCAUGGUCUCGCUCAACGGUCACUGCGGGCCUGUGGCCUUCCUGGCCGUGGCUACCAGCAUCUUGGCCCCCGACAUCCUGCGGAGCGACCAGGCGGAGGCCGAGGGGCCGCAGGCCGAGGACGACAAGGCGGACGGGCCGGCGCCCGAGCCCACACCCAUGCCCGCGAGCCACGUGGGCCGAGAGCUGCCCCGCAAGAAGGGCAUCCUCCUGCAGUAUCGCCUGCGCUCCACCGCGCACCUGCCUGGCCCACUGCUGUCCGUGCGGGAACCGGCGCCCGCCGACGGCUCGGCCCUGGAGCACAGCGAGGAGGACGGCUCCAUCUACGAGAUGGCUGAUGACCCCGACGUCUGGGUGCGCAGCCGGCCCUGCGCCCGCGACGCCCACCGCAAGGAGAUCUGCUCCGUGGCCAUCAUCUCCGGGGGGCUGGGCUACCGCCACUUCGGCAGCGCCCCGGGGGGCAGCGGGCGGCCGGCCCCGUGCGGGGAGACGGACAGCGCCCUCCUCAUCUGGCAGGUGCCCUUGACGCUAUAGUCCCCGCCCGGGCGGGCUCUCCACCUGCUGGGGGCCCCUCCCGCCAUCCGGGGUUUCCUGCCCCCCCCUCCCCCCGCCCUGGGAGCACUGGGUAGACUCACCUUCCAGGGACCGCGAGGAUGGGCCUGGAUCUCCCGGAGCUACCUUGGCAGAGCAGAGGAGAACUUCUUCCUUUUUUAAAAAAAAAAUUUCAGAGUGUUUUGGGGGAGGAGUCUGGGUUUGGGGAGAGGAUACCUCUGGAGGAAAUGGCCUUCUUUUUAAAAGCAAAAAAAAACAAAAACAAAAACACAAAACCUCACAACUGCCUGGCAAGCCCAGGGCCCCUCGUGCGGCCGAGCAGGGCUCAGAGGCGGCCACGCGCCUCUCCGGGAAGGCCGUGUGCGCGUGAGAGUCUGCGAGCGUGUGGGCUGGUGUGUGAAUAUCUAUAAAUACGUAUAUAUGGUGUAUAUUAUGUGUAUAAAUGAAAUCUGUACAUAUUGGAGCUUUGGGAGAUGCUGGAAUAAAAGACAACGUGAGCACUUGGACUGACGUUUUUUUUUUGAGAUGUGAUGGGGAAGAGACAGUUGUCGUGAGAGAGGGCUGUUCUGGAAGCUGGAGCACCAGGGAGACCCACCACACAGCACAAGCCCUAGAAUGAGCUGUCUGAUGCCCUCGCCAUUGGCCAUGUGUAGCUUUCUACUUUUGUAAUUAAUUAAAAGGAAAUAA